CGUUCUUGCCGGUGUAGUGCAAUUCUGAGGUAAUUUUCUUGCCAUAUACUUAAUAAAUAAAAGUAAUGGCAGAUAUUAAGGUUAAAAAGGAGUCCACAGAUCCAGUGGAUAUCGAAAAUAGGAUAAAGGAGCUCUGCCAACAGUUUCCACAAGGAAUCACAGACCAGGUCAUCCAGAAUGACCUACCACACGUGGAGGCGAAGCAAAGGGCCAUGGCCAUCAACCGACUGCUCUCAGUGGGUCAACUGGAUCUUCUCAGAAACAACAACGGAUUGUUAUACAGGCUGAAGGACACUCAGUCUACAAGUAAAAUGAAGGGUUCAGACAACCAGGAGAAGCUUGUUUACCAGAUUAUUGAGGACGCUGGAAAUAAAGGUAUCUGGAGCAGAGACAUCCGCUUCAAGAGCAACCUUCCUCUAACAGAGAUCAAUAAAAUCCUAAAGAACCUCGAGAGCAAAAAGCUGAUCAAAGCCGUGAAAUCUGUGGCCGCCUCUAAAAAGAAAGUGUACAUGCUGUAUAACCUGCAGCCGGACCGCUCGGUUACUGGAGGAGCGUGGUACAGCGAUCAGGACUUUGAGUCUGAGUUUGUAGAGGUUCUCAACCAGCAGUGCUUUAAAUUUCUUCAAAGCAAGGCGGAGGCAGCGAGGGACAGUAAGCAGAGUCCUAUGGUGCAGAGAAACAGUUCCUUUGCAACCUCCCAUGAAGUGUGGAAGUACAUCUGUGAGCUCGGCAUUAGCAAGGUGGAUCUGUCCAUGGAGGACAUCGAGACCAUCCUGAACACACUGAUCUACGAUGGAAAGGUGGAAAUGACCAUCAUCGCGGCUAAGGAGGGAACAGUGGGGUGUGUGGACGGCCAAAUGAAGUUGUACAGGGGCGUGAAUUCCAUCAUCCAACCCACAGGCCUGGUCAAAACACCCUGUGGACUCUGUCCUGUGUUUGACGACUGCCACGAAGGAGGAGAAAUCUCCCCCUCCACCUGUGUGUACAUGACAGAGUGGCUGGACUUUUGACCGGACCCUGUGUAGUGUUUUUUGUUUUGUUUUUUGUUGUUUUUUUCUCUGUGGAGAAAGUGCUAUAUCAGGUUUGCAAUGAUUUGAUGCAUUGAACAGAUUUUAUUUAUAUUAAACAACAUUAAUAGCUUUCAUAUGUAAUUAAAAUGAAAAACAAACAGCAGCAGUGGCACUGUGGAACUCGGAUGGAGACACAUUUUCCUUUUUUCUCCCUGUCAUGGACACAAGGAUUGAAAUAAAGAGCUGAAUUUGAGGCCUGUGAUGGACAGACUGUGUUUGGUAAUUAAACCUAGUGCACUACGUACAUACAACUAGUCUACCGUGAUGCUGGUGUUGAAUGAUUUUGAAUUUUUGGUUUGAAGCACUGUUGUUGGAUGUCUGGAAAUGUGAAUAAAGAGUGAAACUAAA